AUGGCCCUGGACUCUGAAAAUGGCUUUUGGUACCCGGCGGUCAUUGCCAGAGGUGCUUUCUCCAGCCCCUACCAGUAUGAUGCGGACGGCAAGUGGGAUGGCUUGUACCGCAUCCGCUGGCAGGAUGCCAAAAGUGACGACCUCUACAAGACGGAUCUGGAGCUGAAGAGUUUCACCGGACAGGAGGUCACGCAGUUGGUGCAAAAGGUACGCCCGGAGGAUUGCAGCAAGCGCUUAUUUGCUGCUCGUCUUGACAAGGACGCGAUGUGUCCACAAAUGUGCCCUUUUUGGUCAGAGACGAAGUUCUAUUGCAGCUUCAAGUGCGUGGGCGUGUGCCCCAACUUCUUGGAGUCCCCGGCAUAUGUCAUGGACGCGAAGGAGAACUCCUGCAAGCGCUGCGGCGUGCGGCAGUGCAAGCGAUGUGCCAGUACGGACCGGCUGAAGUGCGAGACCUGCUUGCCAGGUUACAAGCUUGACCAGGAAGGCGCUGUUUGUUCCAAGAAGCCCACAGGCUUCCUGUCCUGGCUGCAGAUCACCAUGGUCACCGCGGCGGAGGAUGGCACCGUUGUGCUCAGCACCGUCACCUGCCUCCUUGCGAUCAUAGUUGCCUGGUAUGUGGAUAUGCGGACUCGCGGCGUGACCAACACCGGCGCCAUCGAGGCGGUGGACGCCUUCGCCACCAGCCAGCGGCUCCUGCGCAAGGGCGCCGACAGCGGGCUCUAUCCCAUGCUCACCAAUCUGCAGACCCAGCCUGUGGCUGGCUUGGGGCUCAUGUUCAUGAUGAACUUCCAAUGCGUGGUCAUCCUGCUGGCUGCGCUGGUUCUUGGCAUGUGGUACAUAGUGCUUUGGAUCGAACCGGAAUUGGCAGAUCUGGGCAAAGGGGAGGUGGAUGAUAGCCGGGUGCACUGCUCGAUCGCUCACUGGGGCGCGGAAGUUCAGAAUAUGGGUCUGAUCCCGGAGUUGCUGUUCACGCUCGCUGUCUACGUGGUCAUGUUUGCCUUCUCGCUGGCGGUGGCAGCACUGCAGCGCACCAGGUACCUUGAGCACGACGCAGGGAAUAUCACCAUGAAGGACUAUGCUGCGGUAGUCAAAGGAGUGCCGGCCUUUCUGGGCGAGGAGAACGCGGAGGAGAUUAUGUCGCAGGCGAUCCAGAAAAGUACCGGGCAGAAAGUGGUGGGCGUUUCCAUCUGCUGGGACUUCAGGGAGGAGCAGCACCGAGUGAGGAAUGCAUGCAUCGAUCGCUCCCUGGAUCAUCCGGAGCAGAGCGAGGAGCCCGCUGUCGGCUCUGGAAUGCUGGGUGGCAUGUUCUUUAAGAUUGAGCAGCGCCUGGGCUUCGGGCCGCCGCCCCCGGAAGCGGCAGAGGUCGCGGACCCCGUGGAGGUGCGAAGGCUGCUUUUGAGCCUCAAGACUUCAGGGGCCGCCUUCGCAGUCUUCGAGACGGAGGUGGCAAGGGAUGCGGCCGUCUCGGCCAGCGGGGUGCCCGGAGGGAGCUUACGGCCCCAUUUCCUGCGCCAAAAUGGGAGUUUUGAGACCGUGGCUCAGUUGAGUCACGGGCAACUGGAGGAUCAGGUCCUGGAGAGGCAGCACCGCGAGCUCAUGUCCCAACUGGAGGGCUGGCUGCGCCGCCUCGAGGCGGUGCUGAAGCGCGAGGUUCCGCCAGAGCGGAACCGGAGACGGUCCUCGCGGAGUGAGAUGGGCGUGGCCUUCGAAUGGGACGAGCCUCAGGAAGAUGAGCGGAAUGGGGCGCGGACCGUGCAGCUUGAGAACGGCGAAAUUGAUGAGACUCAGGACAGGAAUCACUCCAUCGUCUCCCUGCAGAGGGCCGAGACUCCUCGUUCGGAAGUGAGCGCAAAGCCGACGCUGAGAAGGACCAUGAGCUACGAGAAGGCGGUGCAGCGGGGCACGCGGGUGGAGACCUUCAAGCGCCAGCAGACCGAGUCCGAGGCGGCGAGGUCCACCAAGUCCCAGUUUCGCAACUGGUGGGACACGACUGUCCAGCCUCAAUCGGCAAUUAUUGCGGACUCGCUGCCAUUCAACAUCUUCUUCGCUUUCGUCAUCAUCUCUAACUCUGUGCUGCUGUGCUUUCAGCUGGAGAUGAAGGCCGCAUCAGAAGAGGAGCAGCCCUCCUUUCUGGCGGUGCACUUUGUCUAUGCGGUUCUCUUCACCCUGGAGAUGCUGGUGCGGAUCAUGGGUAACGGGGUGGUCACGCACUUCUGCAAAGCAGGCUCUGGCUGGAAUUGGCUGGACGUGCUGGUGGUGGUCCCCGCCUGGGUGGAGAUCGCCAUUGACCUGCUCUCGCGAAACACCGGAUCAGAGGGGGGCGCUGCCAGCAACUUGCGCAUCAUCCGGAUCUUCAAGAUCACGAGGCUGCUGCAGGUGGUGAGAUCCUUGCGCAUCGUCAAGUUCAUCAGCGCGCUGCGGGCCCUGGUGAUGUCCGUGGUGGACACCACGCGGCAGCUGAUGUGGGCGCUCUUGCUUCUGGGGCUGGUGCAAUAUAGCUUCGGCUUGCUUUUCACGGAUGCGGUGCUGGACCAUGCCGUAAACAAUGGGCCUGAUGCAGCGCAGAUGAGGUAUUUUGGUACCGUCUACACGUCUGUGAUCACGCUCUUCCGCGCCAUUUUGGGAGGGCUGGAUUGGGAGCUCGCUGCUGAUUCACUCCAUUCUGUGGGCUGGGUCUGGGUCCAGGUUUUUCACGUCUACAUAGCUUUCUGCGGAUUCGCAGUGCUUAAUGUGAUGACGGGAGUCUUUGUGAACUCCGCCAUCAAAACCCGGGAGAAGGACCACGAGACGCUGAUGCAGAACAAGGUGCGGUUCCGGGACCUCGUGUCCAAGAUCUGGGCGAAGAUGGAUUCAGAUGGCCUGGGCCAAAUCACCAUUACGGAAUUCGAGCGGUUAUUUGACGAUGAUAAUAUGAAGGCUUUCUUUCAGGCCAUUGAGAUCAAUGCCGUUGAUGCAUGGACCCUUUUUGACAGCCUCGACAUUGACGGGGACCACACCAUCAGCGUGGACGAGUUCAUGGAGCGCUGUAUGCAACUCCACGGCCCAGCGCGGUCUGUGGACCUCUACGCCAUCAAGAAACAACUCCGGGCGCUGGAAGUCGUGCAGAAGAAGAUGAGCGAGAGCAUUUUACCCUCUGUCAUGCGAGCUGUGCGGGCGGAUCGGGACCGCGACCGUUGGUCCUGCUGCGCCGGCAUCGAGUUGCCCAAUGAGAAGGCGACUUUGACUUUGGAGUGCGCUUUCGCCGAGCCAGACUCCGUGCGUUGGGGAAGUUUUGGAGGUGGGAAGUCAGACUACAUCCGUCGCUGGGUUCGCGCAAUUUGCGAGCUCACAGCUGUCAUCCUCUUUUUGAUGACUUUCUUGAAGUAUCCCUACUCUCGGUAUGUCAUGUCCUUUUCCUACGCCGAGACUGGAACUCCAAACAACCUCAAUGGAAGAAAGUUUCUGAUGCUGAUCUCAAUCAUCGCCAACCAGGUGAUUUAUCUCUUCAGCGACAAGGUGGCUGAAGAUAUGCACUUUUGGUACACCGAGCACAAGCAGAAAGCCUACGUGGCCUUCUACGUGGUGGCCAUGGUUCUGGAGCUGAUGAUGAUGGAUUUAUUCUUCACUGCAACAACGACCUUCAACCAGCUGAACGCUGCGGGCAGGCGGACCUACGGCGGCGUGCAGCUCUACGACUUGCCAAGUUGGCACAUGGUGAUUGAGACCUAUGUGAUGCAGAAUGCUUUGGGCAACCAGCUCCUUGACUACGCUUUCCCCUCCACCUUCAUCGCGCCCUUCCUUUUCGAGCCCAUCCUGGGCUUCCUGCUCUUCCACAUCGGCAAGCUCAUCGUGCGCUCGCAUUCCGAGAUCUCACCUUACCGGGCGCAGAAGCUGGUGCAGUGGUUCUGGAUCAAUGACCUCUCGCGGUACGGCGACAUCAUUCUGAACCUGACGAUCGCAGUCAUUUUCCUCUCCAUCCAUGGAGGGUUCAAUUCCAGGGCCUUUGGCUACCUGCUAGUCUGCCAUCUCUACAUUUAUGUCUUUGAUCACUGGAUGCUGCUGCGGGCCAUGCCGCGAGUCAAGUACAACUUGAUGGCCGUGGAUACGCUGGCGCAUGUGCUGAUGUCAAUUCCCAGCGGAAUGGCGCUGUGCUGUGUCAUAUUCAAGGCAAACUGCAAGAACAUGCUGGAGCACCCCUAUGGCAAGCUCUGGCCUUUUCCCAACUACUGCGUGACCAGCAUGAAUCUCAUAGGACUCCUCGUCGCGGCCUUCUUAGUGCACACGAUCAUCCACGUGUUGAUCGUGUAUUUGUUGAUGACCUUCAUCCGCGUGAAGCACAACGGGUAUGAGGUUGAUUAUUUGAAGGCGGCCAAGACAAGCCCGUGCACCUGGUUCUCUGCGAAUCCGGUGCACUGCCUCCGCUCGGAACAUUUGAAGCACGACUCGCCCCACUGCCGCCACCACGUGCCGGGCCGGGAGCAUUUGCUUCGGGCGAACGAGAAGAUCGGCUGCAGCUUCGAGGAUCCGGACCUCUACAGCGUGAAAUAUCGCGGCUGGCAUUUGCUGAGCAACACGUGA